AUGUACGCAGCAGCGACGAUGCACAGCAGCAACAGACAUGUUACAGCGCAGCAAAACGAUGCUACAGCAGCAGCAGCAGCUGAGGGUGGUACAGCAGAAACAAAUGCAAAACACAGCAGCAACGGCUCAGCGAAAGAUGAUUACAGCAGCAAGCAGACGAUGCAACGCAGCAGCAGCAACGGUGACAGCAGCAACAAUGAUGCACGCGCAACAGACGUGUUACACACGCCAGACGUUGCUACGCCCAGCAGCAGUGACGGUGGUACGCAGCAACAGACAUGCACAGCACACAGCAUGUCAUGUGAGUGGAACUGCAAGCAUCAGAAGUGUGAUAAACUUUGUGGUGACAAGUGUUCAAGAAAGCCAUGUGAUCAUCCUUGUCCUAAGAAGUUGAAGUGUGGUCAUCCAUGUGUUGGCUUCUGUGGUGAUCCUUGUCCUCCACUGUGUCGCAUCUGUAAUUUUGAUGAACUCACGGAGUUCAUGUUGUUGGGCUUUGAAGAUGAUGACGAUUCAAGGUUUGUGUUGUUGGAAGACUGUGGUCACAGUAUUGAGGUGCAGGGCCUGGAGGGCUGGCUCACUCAGGACAACAAUGAAAUUGGAAUGAAGACUUGUCCAAAAUGCAGGAAGCCCAUGUACAACAAUCGUCGCUAUCAGGACAUAAUACUUAAGACUUAUGAAACAGUGAAAGCUGUCAAGAACAAAUAUUAUCAAUCUCAGUCAAAAAUAAAAAGGAAGGAUAUUGAAUUGAUCUUGCAAGAUCCUGAAAUUGCUGUGCACUUCAUGUCUCGGGUGAAGCAGCUACAACAGAAGCUUGGUAUUGGUCGAGUAAUGAAGCGUCACAAGCAAGUCUUUGUCAGUGAAGGAGAGCUGAGACUUAUCCAGUUUCAAGCCCAAGUGCUUAAAAAGGCAACCAGCAUUCUGAUGUCUUUGGCUGAAAAAACAAAUACAUCUUCAGGAGUAGACUAUUUUCUUGGUAGAAUUCAUGGAGUGUGUAAGUUGUCUAAGAAUGAAACUCGUUUACGACCCAGAGUGGAAGCUAUUGUUGAACUUGUUAUGCAAAAAAAUACCAUCAUUGCCCCUCAAAUGGUUGAAGAAGUGAGCUGUGAACUGCAGCGUCUAAUGAUUCUUCCUGCUUACUGGAAUUUUCAAGAAAAAUUUCUGACCAGCAGCAAUGAAAGUGUCAGAGUAAUCAAGGCACAGUUGGAUAAAUUAAUGGAUCCUGCAGUAAAAUUUGAUUCAAUACUGGACACAAAAGUUUGUGCUCUUCUUAAAGAAAGUGAGAAGCACUAUGGUGGCUUAGGAAUCAGUCAAAGUGAGAAGAUUAUGAUUUUGACAACUAUGGGACUGAGACAAGGACACUGGUACAAGUGUCCUCAAGGACAUAUAUAUUGCAUCACUGAGUGUGGAGGAGCCAUGGAGGAAGGCACAUGUCCUGACUGUGGUUCAAAGAUUGGAGGUUCAUCCCACCGGUUAAGGAGUGAUAACACUGUGGCGGGAGAGAUGGAUGGUGCUAGACAUGCAGCCUGGUCUGAGGCUAACAACAUGGCUAACUUCAACCUCCUUGAUGAAAUUUGAUUAUGUUACAUUGGUACAAUGUUAAUGUGUGUUGACAUGUAUGGACCAGGAAAGUUAUAAUUGAAACUUAUUUUUGGUCAAAGAGCUAAAGCACAUAGAGUAUAGGUGUCUUAAAUAAUUAAAACAAGUGUGCUUACCAAUCUGCCAAAUGGUGAUUAACUACAGCAUAAACUAUAUUAAUAACUUCUGAUGAGAACAGUGAGUGACAGAAGCACUGCCAGUCUACACUGCUGUAGACACCACUUUCAUUUGAUUAAAAAUUCUAUUUUUCCUUUUCCAGUGGUUUGAUAGAGAUGUUGUAGAUUAUUUGAAUGUAAUCUGUGGCAGAGAAGAUAAUUGAAUUAUAUAUUCAAUAUAAAAUUUGUCAUUAAAGUAAGUAAUAUUGUUCUUUCAGUAAUUACAUAACGUUAUGGCAUCAGUCAUGCUGUCUUACCUACAGUGUUCAAUUUGUAAUUUCCUUCCCAAACUUUUUUUUUUUUUUCACUGGAUGCAGUAAAAAUUUUUUUUUUUUUUACAAUUUGUAUCAUCAGCAUUUUAUGAUGAGUUGUAGCUCCACAUAAAUUUUGGAUAAAAUAAUCCAGUAUUUACUAUCAACUAUUGUCUAUUUCUGUUAAUCACGCUCACACACUCACACACUAUCUCUUUUUCUUUCUUUCUUUUGCAUUUUAUCCUGCUCCUUGUCAGUACCCUGCAGCAGGAACAAGUUGAGAAUUUUGACUGA